CUAAUUGCCAAGUAAAAUGUAAAAAAACAUAUGGGCAAAUGCAAAAGCUGAUGAAAUAGCAAGCCAAUAAAUAGCAUUUCGUGACAAAGAAGCAAGAAAAGUGAACUCCUAAACUCCUCACGAUGGUCGUGCGCUCGUACAACGAUGAGCUCAAGUACCUGGAGAAGGUGAGCGACCACUGCUGGCGGAUCAAGAAGGGAUUCCAGCCCAACAUGAACGUGGAGGGAUGUUUCUACGUGAACAGUCGCCUGGAGCGUCUGAUGCUGGAGGAGCUGAAGAACUCCUGUCGUCCGGGAGCUGUAGGAGGCUUCCUGCCUGGAGUAAAACAGAUCGCUAAUGUGGCAGCACUACCCGGUAUCGUGGGUCGUUCAAUUGGGCUGCCCGACAUCCACUCCGGCUAUGGAUUUGCCAUUGGAAACAUGGCUGCCUUCGACAUGGAUGACCCCUUGUCUGUGGUGAGUCCCGGAGGCGUUGGAUUCGACAUUAACUGCGGCGUCCGCCUGCUGCGCACAAAUCUGUACGAGAAGGACGUGCAACCGGUGAAGGAGCAGCUAGCCCAGUCCCUGUUCGAUCACAUACCCGUGGGCGUAGGCUCCAAGGGCAUCAUACCGAUGAACGCCCGCGACCUGGAGGAGGCCCUCGAAAUGGGCAUGGAUUGGUCUCUGCGGGAGGGCUACGUCUGGGCCGAGGACAAAGAGCAUUGCGAGGAGUACGGUCGAAUGCUUAAUGCCGAUCCCGCCAAGGUGAGCAUGCGAGCCAAGAAGCGUGGUCUGCCCCAGCUAGGAACUCUGGGUGCUGGUAACCACUACGCCGAAAUCCAGGUAGUGGACGAGAUCUACGACAAAUGGAGCGCCUCAAAGAUGGGCAUCGAGGAGAAGGGCCAAGUGGUGGUUAUGAUUCACUCCGGAAGCCGUGGCUUUGGUCACCAAGUGGCCACCGACGCUCUGGUGCAGAUGGAAAAGGCCAUGAAGCGAGACAAGAUCGAGACCAAUGACCGGCAGCUGGCCUGCGCUAGGAUUAACUCGGUAGAGGGACAGGAUUACCUCAAGGCCAUGGCGGCGGCGGCCAACUUUGCUUGGGUUAACCGCAGCUCGAUGACCUUCCUUACGCGUCAGGCCUUCGCCAAGAUGUUCAACACCACACCGGAUGAUCUUGACAUGCAUGUCAUCUACGAUGUCUCGCACAACAUUGCCAAGGUGGAGAACCACAUGGUCGAUGGCAAGGAGCGAAAACUGCUCGUUCACCGAAAGGGCUCUACGCGAGCCUUCCCUCCGCAUCACCCUCUCAUCCCUGUGGACUAUCAGCUCACUGGACAACCCGUCCUGGUGGGUGGAACCAUGGGCACCUGCAGCUACGUUUUGACUGGAACAGAGCAGGGCAUGAAGGAGACCUUCGGCAGCACUUGCCACGGAGCGGGUCGCGCCCUUUCCCGUGCAAAAUCUCGCCGUAAUAUCGAUUAUAAGGAAGUGCUGGAAAAGCUAGAUCAGAUCGGUAUCGCCAUUCGAGUAGCUUCGCCCAAGCUGGUCAUGGAGGAGGCUCCAGAGUCGUAUAAGGAUGUCACCGAUGUGGUCGACACCUGUCAUGCGGCGGGCAUAAGCAAAAGUGCAUUAAAUUGCGACCAAUUGCGGUUAUAAAGGGUUGAUAGAUACUUCUACAGGCUGAUUAAAUCUUAAUUUAUUUAACGGAAUUAAAUAUAAAU